AUGUCUCUUCCCGAGCUGGGAGCAAGGCUGAUAGUGCGCCGCUGCUCCGACGGCAGUGCGCUCCCCAUCAUCACCACCCCGGGCGGCAAGCUGUUUGUGCUGUCCGAGGAGGGGCUGGAGUAUGAGGUGGUCCUGCAGGCCGACAAGGGCUUUCCUGUGGUCCCAGCCAACAUGGCCGUCGAGGCAGAGCUGAAGGUGGACGGCGAGGCAGUGGGGUACCUCAAGACGAAUCUCUUGCCCAACUCGACCAUUGUUUUCGAGGGGUUCUGCAUAGCAGCCAGCGAAUAUGGGGCAAGCACCUACCGCCGCUUCAAAUUCUCAAAGGCGGACCCCUCCCAAGACAUGGGGCCCCAGGUGACUGAUCCCGAGCAGAUAAAGGCCGGCCGCAUCACACUGGAGCUGCGCCGGUCGGUGGCUGCGGGGCUCAGGACGACGCCGCCGUCAGCGGGCGCAGUGGGCGGCGGCGCCGCUCUGGGGCACCUGCCCGAGGGCAAGAAGUUCUUCCUGGCCCCCAGCCUCAAGACCGCCCAGGGCAACUCUGACUACAAGCAGGUCAACUGGUGCAAGACCGUGUACACCAAGGUGGCUACCCUGGGCGUGAUGGAGCUGCGCUACGAGACGGCAUCUACCCUCAUGCUGCGCGGGCAUCUAAACAAAGCGAACCCCGCACACAGGCAGCUGCUGCGCGGCAGCAGGGAUCCCACCGUGCUGGCGCUGCUGGGAGACAGCGACGACGAGGGCGAGGAUCAGCACAGCCGGGCUGCGCGCGGCGGCGCGCGGCGGCCGGCCGCGCCGGCGCCAGGCGUCAAGCGCGAGCGCGGCGCCGAGAGCGGGGGGGCGCGUGUCAAGUCCGACGGGGGGCGCGUCAAGCGGGAGCCAGGGCUGGGCGGUGGCAGCGCGUUCCUGGACCUGACCAAGCCCCAGGAGGUGCCUUUGAGGGUGGGGGGCCGCGAGGUCAAGGCCGACGAGAUCGCGGUGUGCGACCUGCUGGACUCUGACGGCGAGCAGGAGGGCGCGGCGCCACGGUGGGAGGUGCGCAAGCGGCAGGCGGUGGACCUGGAGGGCGCGUGA